AUGGGUUUAUUAAUUGUCAUAUUCAAUUUAAAGGAAGAAUAUAUUCCACCAGAAACAUUGGAGAAAAAGCGCCAAAAUGAAGGUGAAACACUAUAUUAAAUGUAAUGCAUUGUGAAUGGUUCCAAUAAAACUUAAUUGUUUUAUGCUUAACUACAUUUUGACUACCCGUUUUGUAGUUAACCAAUCAGAAUCGCGUUUUUUAGAGUUCACUAUACCAUUUAACGCUCCCACUAACUAUAGUAUAGUUAACUUUGACCACUUUUUCAUCCUUUCUGACUCCCCUAUUACUGACGUGUUAGGUCAUUAUAUAAAAGUCAUAUCUAGUAUAGGGUCAGAUAUAUUAUGUAUGCACUUAACAGUUAUUAUGUUAAUUAACAUUUGUAGAAAAAGCACAGUGCAGUCAGCUAGAUAUGGAAGAACUGGCUGAUAUCCCGGAUAAAGGUAGUUCAAUUAAUUUUUGCUGUUUAUACCGUUAAAUGUGUUUUCGUUUACGAACGAUCAGAGUAUAUCUCAAUGUUCUAUGGAUCGUUUAUAUUUAAUCUAGAGCUUUCAACUCGGUAACUCAAGAUCAGGGACGGUUGUUCAACUCACAAUUAGCGCUAACCAUGCGUUCUAAAUUUGCGAUAAUAUUACUAAAUUUGGUCAAAUAAUUGGAAGCGUCGCAGAUUUUUAAUCCAGGAUUGUACGAUUAAGCUUUUGGACAACCGGCCCCGCUAGUGUUAAUUCGAAUGUUCGCGCUGCCUUUUACGUAGUUAAUUGUAAUAUGUGGGAGCGUCUGAUUGGUUUGGCGUUUUGAGUAGUCUCUAUCUGAUUGGUUGCAGUGGGACGUUUUUAAACGUCAGAAAAUAUAACUACUAUUGAUCCAGACAAGAUUUCGGUAUAUAAAACAUUUCCAAAUUUAUAAAUAAGUUGUCGAUAGUUUCCAUCUGAUUGGUUGUAUCUGAUUGGUUGUAGUGGGACGAGAAUGCAUAUUAGUUGUUUUGAUUGGAUGGCGGGGGUUGUGUUGUGGAAGUGGUGAAAGAAAUGAUAUAGGGAGUUAAGCGUUAUUGGCGAGCUAGCAUUAUUGUGUGAGCGUUUUAGUUAUAAGUAUUAGACUGUCGAGUAUAAAAAUGUCAACGUUUUCUAAAAUUUGGUUGUUACCGUUGUAUUGCAUGCGUUUCUUUAAAAUUGCAUGCGUUUGUAUUGCAUGCGUUUCGUGUCUGUUGGUACGUCGUGUCAACAUGUUUUGAUGUUCGGUGAGCGGUGUCAGAACCUCGCACGGUGUACAGUGAAUCCAUUUGAAAAGUGUUUUAUAUUGUGUUAUUUUAGACGUACUGAAACGCACGAAUUUUAUAACAUGUUAAUUUUGUAUAACUGAAAAACAAAAUCAAGAAAGAGAAAUAAUUACAUUAUCAUUACGUUACAUUAACAUAAUCAAGAAAUAAUUACAUAUACAGUACAUCAGAAAUUGACGUUGACAUUGACGUUGCACACAAAGCAGCAAACUCGGAUCUAAAUCAACCACAAAGAUAAAGCACCUACAACUGGGAGACGUAACGCCAUUUACAUGCAAUUUCCCUCCCGAGACUGUUCCGAAAAAUAUAUAUAUUGAUUAUUGGGCACGAAAAUCGUCUUGGAAUUGUUCGCGAAUAUAAAACCAAAGGUAUCACGGAAAAUCUACCCACUACCCCUCAAAAAACUCGUUCACCAGUAUCCCACAUGCGUGAGGAAAAAAGAAAGAAACGUAUCUCUAUAUAUCAACAGACAUGACAAUUAUCCAAUUCCCAAAGUCCUGGGUCGCGCGAAUCUCUUCUUUGGAAAGACAAGAAAUAUGGCAGCACACAUUUAAAUUAAAUGUUUAAUGUAAAAAGUGAUAGUUCAUUUUUGGUCGCGCAAAAGUUGAUAUUUGAUUAUUUUGAUAGUACCGGUAGAUACUUCUACUCUUUCACAUAUUUGACGCCUGUCACCAUAUUCUAGUCCCUCCAAACAAUCCCAGAAUGCACUGUGAUAUCUUUUUGGAAAAGGCUAAUACUUCACUUCCAGCAAAACGCGCAGAAAACAAAUUCAACUGGUCAUGCUCAAGCUGACAAAGUUACUUGGACAGGCAAAAACAAUACAUGUCCGCUAGUUUAAAGAAGCUACAGCAUUACAACCUUAACAUCCGAACGUUAAAGCGAAACACUGGAGUGGUUAGGCUGUAACAAUAAUUGUACAGGGUGUAUAAAAACGAGGAACCCAUCUUUUAUGCUUAAUAUAAUUUCAGAAAGCGAGUCCUUCUAUCCUUGAUCUUGUAAAAUCAUUUUAGUUUUUUCUUAAAGCUUUCCUUUUUCUCUCAGUUAGAUCAAUGAGUCAUUUGUGUCUUAAGUGCAAGUAAUAAUGGCAUAACAAGUAAAUGAAUUAAAGUUAUUGCAUAAAAGGGCGUAGGUACUUGGUUUUGAUGAGGCAUUGCCAAUUGAUUUCGUUUUUUUGACAUAAUUCAAUAUUAACUUGAUUUCUUUGUUAAGUAUCGAUUUGUUAUUGCAUCCUAACAUCAGUAAUCCUCUAAUCUCAGUUAUUCGAAAUCAUAUUCGCGAACCAAUCGUUCAAAUUUAAAAGGCAAGCCACCUUUAGAAAAAAACUAAAUAAUGUAAACAUAAAUAUUUUACACUCGAAUCGAGGAUUCCUUUUUUAUACACCCAUCGCCUCGUUGACUAUUCGCUCAUAGACAACGGGGCCUCGUAGUAGUACUAUGGAUAUCAAAUUACCUGGGUGCUCUGCACAAUUCCCGGUCGAUCCUCUGAAAAGCUAGUAGACUAUAAGCUUCGUUCUUCAAUAGAUUCUUUUUUUUCAUUAUUAAAGUUCCAAGGAAUCAAGGUACUACUUUGGAAGGCAAUAAAUCUAAAGAAACGAAAGGAAAACAAACGCAAGGUAUAUGUCCCAUUUAUAUGGACGACCGGACUGGCCCGGUUCCUGAGAUCUCGCUUGAAAGAGACGAGAUCUCGCUAUACCGGGAUGAAAAUUUCUGCAUAUAAACACUCACUGACCGGGGCUGGCACAGUUGCACUAUCUUUAGCAACUGUCAAAACAAUGUCAAAUAAAUGGCUAAUAUAAAUUUUCAAAAAUACAAUGAUUCAAAAAUUAAUAUUUGGUUUCAUUGUAUUUAUAUACAAUUGCAAGUAUGUAAUUUCAUGAACAAAACAGGAACAAAACUUAAACGUUUUCUUGCGGUUACAUAUUGCUACGAAAGUUGCAUGGCUGUGCAUAUUUGUACAUUCCAGUAUCAUACCUUGGUUAUGAUCAACAACUAAAAUUUUUACAUAUGUUUUCCUUUUUUCUCCCAUAAUAGUUGCAGUAGACCAGGCCAGAGGUCGAAAAAAGCAGGCAUGUUGCUACUGCGGCGAAUUAACCACAAAGCUGCCACGCCAUAUGACCAGAAAUCAUCCGAAGGAAAAACACGUCGUCGCGGCACUUAGGUUUCCGAGCGGAUCAACCGAGAGGAAAGCGAUGUGGCACAAGUUGCGAUCUCAAGGCAACUAUCACCAUAACAUGACGGUGAUGGAUAUUGGCCAAGGUGAGCUAAUUGUCGCGAGGAAACCUAAUUUUUCUGGUCACGUUCACUCUCCUAACGAGUUCCUUCCAUGUCCAUAUUGUCGUGGAUUCUACAGACGACAGGAAUUAUGGAAACACACAGCUGCUUGUGUGAUGAAACCAAAUGAUGACCAGUCGACGGAAAUCCAGAAGCAAGUUCAAGUGACUUCCAAAUUAAUGCUUUUCGGAGCAUUACACAAGAACAAUAGUAAUAUGCUCAACAGUGUUUUGGCAACAAUGAGGAACGAUGAGGUCACGCUGAUUGCCAGAAACGACUCUUUGAUAAUGGGAGUUGGGAAGAUGCUCGUCGAAAAACAUGGGUCAUAUAAAGCGCAGGACACGUCGCAGACAAUGAGGGAACUAUCCCGCCUACUCCAGCAGUUGCGAACAACUGGUCCAGAUCCCAACGCGUCACUGUCCAACUUCAUCAGGCCAAGUAUGUUUGACAGGGUGGUGAGUGCCGUAAAGACGCUUUGCGCCUUUGAAGUUACGGAUGGACAACAGAGUGUAGGCACACCAUCCCUCGCAUUAAAAAUCGGUUAUGCGUUGAAGAGGUGUGUUAACAUCGUCAUUGGUCAAGCGUUACGCGUUGAGGACGAAGCAACAGAAAGAUCUGCCCAGAAAUUCCUACGUCUUUUGGAGACCGAAUGGUCGCAUCGCAUCUCCCACCAUUCGCUGACUACUCUCCACAAGCGUAAAUUUAAUAAGGUCAAUGUAUUACCUCUUGCCGAGGACCUUGAUAAACUGAGAAAAUACAUUGACCUUAAAAUUUGCAAGUCAAUGAAGUCUCUAAAAAGACAUCCCAAUUUGCACGAUUGGAAGCUGUUGGCCCAAUCCAGUUUAACCAGAUUGGUCAUGUUUAACAAGCGCAGAGGAGGGGAGGCUUCGGAGCUUCGUGUCGAAACAUACAAAAAAAGACCAGACUGGAGGAAGGCCAACAGCACAGAGAUAAUGAAGUCUCUAGACAAGUUUGAACGAGAACUUUCAAAACGGUGAGUACCAGCUACAUAAUUUAUGAUUAUAAUUACAGAUAGAACAGAUAAAAAACUACACGUAAUAAUCACACGUCGGCAAUUUCAGAUGAAGAAAAUCUUUGAUUUCUACUUCUGGAUAUGGAUAUACUUACUAUAUGUGGAUAUACAUAGCUAUGACAUUCUAUGACAUAGAUAUGACGAAAAUAUUGUUCGUAUCGUCAUUACCAAAAUAUUAAUCGAAUUUAUUUAUUGAACAUUUUCCGUUCUUUGAGCCAACCAGGAUGAAUGCUGUGAAAAACAAAAUGAUCUGAAUUAGUGAAUGAUUAUGAAUAUUUAAAACACAUACGGAAUUCAAAUUUAGAUUACCUUACCUUAAUGCUGCCGAGCUAUCGUUCAGGAAGAUGUUAGUAUUUUAUGUGAAACCAUUACAGUAAAGAAUAUUUUGAUAUGUAACAUCAUGUGUUUUCUUGGUCUUCUUAUUUGGAUGGUGACCAAUUUACUUCAUCUAUAGCUUAUGCCUUAUUGGAGAUUUAAUAUUUUUAACAGACUCGACAUGGUGGAAAUCAGAGGAAAACGAGGAAAUAAGGUGCCAAUCAUCUUAACAAAAGACAUUAAAGAAAGCAUUGAUCUACUAAUCGGCACUAGGAAAAACGUUGGGAUCCCGGACAAAAAUCCAUUCGUGUUUGCAAGGCCAACAAAACAGUCCUUGAAGCAUAUCCGGGCUUGUGACUGUUUAAAGAGAUUUACAAAAGAGUGCGUGCCACCCCUCUCUAAUCCUGAAGAUGUGACGGGUACCCAGCUAAGAAAAUACAUCGCGACAAUCUCGCAAGUAUUCUCGCUGAAGGAAACGGAAGUGGAAUGGCUUGCUCGACAUCUCGGACACGAUAUCAAAGUCCAUCGUGAAUACUAUCGGCUGCACGAAUCGACCAUAGAAAUCGCGAAAGUGAGCAAACUGUUGCUGGCAGUGGACGGGGGGAACGCAUGCAACUGGGUCGGAAAAAGUCUUUCGGAGAUCAAUAUAGAUGGUAAGUGCAACACAGUUAACUUAUCAUACCUGAAAAGAAAAAGACUUUCAAUGGACCUUUCCCCUUAAACUAAAAUUUGAUCUAGACAAAAAUUUCAUCACAGCUUGAAAGAGCAUCACAAAAUUAGUAACAUUCCGAAGUUUCGUUGCGAAAUGUUGUAAAAUGCGGAUAAUAUAGCCUUGCGAAAUUUGCCGUUUUUCCGUCAUUUUGUAUUACGCAUAGGAAUUUGACAGCCCAAUCGGGUGUUGGGGCAUCAAUUUCCCGUUUGUAAUCUAAAAUGACUGAAAAACGGCAAACUUCGCAAGGCUAUAUUGUCCGCAUUAGUUACAACAGUUUCGCAACGAAACUUCGGAAUAUCACUAAUUUUGCGAUGCUCUUUCAAGCUGUGAUGAAAUUUUUGUCUUGACUUGUCUAGAUCAAAAUUUUAGUUAUAAGGGAAAGGUCCAUUGGUAUUUUAUUUUUUAUAACGGCAAACGACACGGGGCACUCGCAUGGUUACGGCUUUUAUUUUACAUUGUAGUCACCACGAGUCUUCUAAUUGGCUAAUAGCAUAAAGCUAAGACCCCGUUUACACUAGAGCGAAAGACUCCAGAUUCAUCACAAAACCGAAAUGUUUUGGCAUCGGAUUCAUACAUGCGUUUACACAUACAGCGACGAAUCUGGUGGAAAAUCAUCUCGGUUGUAGGACGUAUCCGAAAACUUUCAAUCCGGGGAAAAAAGUAGAAACUUUGUAUCUGGAAAAAUUUGAAUGCGGAGAAAACUCUCGUGUAAACGGCUUUCCGUAAAGAAACUGAAACAAUUUGUUCCGGUGUAUGUUUUUCAAAUGUAUUGCUAUUAAAUUCAACCGCCAAACAGGGUCAAAACAUAGCAUAAUAUCACUACAAGGGUUAAAAUUAUUAUUUACGUUAUAUUGACCAUCGCUAUGUUGGGCUGUGUAGUGUAAACGCCUCUUGGAUCCGUAUACUUGAAAAACAAGGAAUCCGGAUACUUUUACAAAUCCGGAAGCUUUUGCUCUAGUGUAAACGUAGUCUAAAAAUCACACAACCUACAGAUAACGGAGUUAGCUGCUGGCAAAUAAUUUAUAUCUGUUAGAAUGAGCCCACGAUACAUGGUUUUUACUGUAUUUUUUAUUUUCGAAAACGUUGUUUUGUACGAAAGAAUUUAAAUCGUUGUUUUUCGAAGGAGUUUAAAUAGAAUGCAAUGUGUAAUGACAAUUUUUGAAUUCGGGUUUUGUGAUAUCCGAAAAUACCAAGGUCUCGGUAAGAGUUGUCGGGCAAAGUGAAGAGAUCAUAGAAUCUCCGGAAACUCUGCAAAGAAUCAUUUCUUAUAAAAACAAAUUAACUUAGUUAUCUUAAUAUAUUUGAUCUUAUUUGAAAAGUAGUUUUGAAGAACGAGGCUGUUAUGGCACAUUUAGUCCUUCAACUACAAAUUAAUUCAUCUUCGAACGAUGAAUUCCUCAUUAUUUGCCUCGAUUUCGGGACUAGGAAACUUACUUACGUCUGCGCUCUAAUACAGGGCUUUCAGAAUUAUUCAGAGUAGGUGCCUGUUUUGAUAAAAUAGGCGGCUGUAGGGAGGGGACGAUCUAGUUAGUCUUAAAGUCAUCCGAAUUAAUGGACCAUUCCCUAAUUAAAGGCACAGUUCAACCUUUUAAAUGAUGGUUUUAAGGCUCAUUUCAGCCUUUUUAAUUGAAAAAAACUAACUAGGUGUCGGAAUGCUCUACUAAAAGGGCCGUCCUUCAUGGCAAUUCACAGUGUUUUUAAUCUCCAAAUUAUUCGAUUAUAUUCCGUACGUUGUAUCAUGUUUUUCACACCUAUAUCUCUCUCGCUCGCAAAGUAUAUUAUGUUGUUUUUGCUAAAUGUAAAUCAUACACUAAUUAUGUCCUUAUAUGCACGGUGUUCAUAACACAGUUCAUUUAUAACCUAUUUAAUAUAGUCUGUUUCCAACAUAGGAAAACCAAUCAUGCAUAAUUCAAGAUCAUCAAACUCGAUGUUUUUAACAAUAACAAUGUUUUAAAAUGUUAAAAACAUUAAGUUUGCUGAUUUUGAAUUAUGCUUAAUUGAUUUUCCUAGUUAGUUUUUUUCAAUUAAAAGGACUGAAAUGCGCCUUAACACCAUCAUUCAAAAGGCCGAACUGUGCCUUUAACCAAAAUUUUGAUCUCAACGAGUCUAGACAAAAUUUCAUCAUAGCAUGAAAGAGCAUCACAAAAUUAGUAAUUUUCAAAGUUUCGUUGCGAAAGAUUGUAAGAUGCGGAUAAUAUAGCCUUGCGAAAUUUGCAAUUUUCAUUCAUUUUAGAUUACAAACGGGAAAUGGUUACCACUUCCUUGCGUAAUCUAAAAUGACUGAAAAUUGCAAACUUCGCAAAGCUAUAUUAUGCGCAUUUUACAACAUUUUGCAACGAAACAUUGGAAUAUUACUAAUUUUGUGAUGCUCUUUCAAGCUGUGAUGAAAUUUUGUCUAGACUUGUUGAGUUCAAAAUUUUGGUUAAUUGGGGAAUGCAUGGUCCAUUAGGUACAUUGAUUAGAUAGCAACACAACACCAAUUAUGAUGUAUCACUAUUUUCAUUUUUCAACAAGAUUUAUUACAAGGCGGCAAAUAUAACUAAAUUAGUUUUACGAAAUAGUACGUCGUUUUCGAAAAUAACCAAGCCAUAAAUUAUUGUAGACCAAGUUGAGUAACUUUAUUUGAAAGCUUAGAAUGGAGGAAGGAGAGCAGAAUUGAUGUUUCAAGUACUAAACAAAGUAAUCGGCGGUAAACAUCCGCCAGAACUCCGGCAGCCGCUGGUUAUUUUGAAAGCCCUACUAAUUAAUUAACAAUUAGUAGGGCGAAUAGUCAACGAGGCGAAGCCGAGUUGACUAUUUGCCCAUAGAGCCAUAGACAACGAGGCCGAGUUGUAUAAUUGUUUUAGUAUAAACUUUAACAUUAAUUUACAAAUAGGCUGCAAACACAAUACAAAAAUACACAAAAAAAACAUUAUAAAACCAUUAAAGGGAAACAAAUAUUUUAGCUUUCGUUCGCGUAAAAUGUUGACAAAAUUCAGUUUUAAUUUUAAAAUUUCAUUGAGUGUAUGUUAUUUUGUCUAUUCUCUUACCCUUAAAAAUUGCCAUUCCAUAUUUUUGUUGUUUUUAUUGGGGUUUUUCAGUACAAAAGUGUUCUACAAGUCGUCCAGAAAAUCAUCAGAGACUUCGGCAAAAGUGCAAAACGCGAAUUUUCCGCCAUUUUGAAUUUUCUAUUAGUAGGCUAUCACUAAUAGCCUACUAGUAGCGUAGCCAAUCAGAAGGCACGAUAUGUAAUAGCCUACUAGUAGGUUUAUACUUAUAAAUAAAUAGACUUGUCCCAGGCUGUAAUAAUUCGAAAUAUUUGUUAUUCAGUAAUGUAUGUUUACUUUUGUCAUUUUCAAUAUAUUGCCAUAGAAAUUCCCGAUCCAGAAAGUGAAAGUGAAAGCGAAAAUGAAAGUGACGAAACUGACACUGACAGUGACACUGACAGUGGCACUGACAGUGACACUGACACAAGCGCGUCACCAGGUAUAUAUUACAUAACAUUUAUACACAUAUUAUAUAACAAGACUUAACAAUAACAACUUCGUGUACAAGAAUAUACUGUAGGUAUAUAACAAGUAUCUUAUGUACAUAUCCUAAAUCUUUUCCCGGCUGAUAAUUUCAGCAUAUAUAUAAAAUAAAUGUUAUUCCGAGUGCACACAAUUUUUAAAAGUGUAUAUUAUUUUCUAAUCUAAAUUUGUUUCAUCUUCACCAGUUAAUUGUAUGGCGUUAGCUGAUUACAAAGUAAUGCAUUUCACAAUUCAUGUUCAAAUGCCUAGAACGUUUUAGAGGGGCGUAUACUGUAUACAUGCAUCAGUUGUUUCAGUUAAAGUCAUUUUAAACUUCAUCCCUAUAUAUGAAUUAAAAUCGCGUUACACAUUUAACAUGGUUUUCAAAAGCAAUCCUUCUGCACUCGGAAGUUCAAUUUUAAGAAGAAAAAAUCAUAUUUUAAAUCAUAGGACUCUUGACAACCCAUAUUCACAUACUGUAGGUCUUGAAAACCGGUGUGCCAAUUUCAAUUUCUGCAUGGCCAUUCGAAAAUGAUCUACACUUUUUCGAUACUCCGUGUAUGGUGUAUAUAUUAUAUGCAUGAAUUCAACCAAUGUUUCUUUUUCCAUUCUUCUUUGUACGCAGAGCAUUUAAAGCGAAAAAUGGGCAAUAUGUCAAGUAUAUGCGAUGAUGAUGAAAUUGCACAAUUAAGAGGUAAAUUAUGAAAAAAAUUUAUGACUUGGUUCUGUAAUAUCCUCGUUUAACAGAUAGUUCGUCUUGACAAACAAUUGACAGCAAUUAGCCUUUCUUGCGAAGGCCUAAAUCUGCCAUUUUUAAAUGGCAAUUUCGUAAACAACGUGAAUAAUCUAAGCGAUGUGAAAAUAAUUUUCGAAAUAUUUAAUUAACUGUAAAUCGAUUUAUAAUGAUGAUUAUAUUUACAACUAUAGUUAUAAGGGUUCCAUUUUCACUGCUUACUAUCCCUGUUCUAAAAAGCUUACCACCCAAAAAUGGAGGCGUGAAAAAGGCUAAUGGAGUUUAUUUAGUUUUAUAUUAAUCUGACACUGCAAUCUAGCGACGAAAAAUUCGUUGGCUCGAGCGGGAUUUGAACUUCGCAUCCGCGGGUAUCUAGACCGCCGCUCUACCUGAGCUAUCGAGUCAACAGGGAUUGGUAGCGAGUCUUAUCCAAUUUAACUAUUUACGUGCACGAAAUAUUUCCGUGACGACUUAACGCUUGUCUUGGAGGAUGCGCAGUGUUUCAAUUCUAUUUCAGAACCAUCCUCAGAGAUACGAAUAUUAAUCUUAAUAUAAUAAUACCAAUCCCUGUUGACUCGAUAGCUCAAUAGGUAGAGCGGCGGUCUAGAUACCUGAAGAUGCGAGUUCAAAUCCCGCUCGAGCCAACGAAUAUUUCGUUGCUCGAUUGCAGUGUCAGAUUAAUAUGAAACUAGUUUUUCGUAUCUCUGAGGAUGGUUCUGAGUUUAUUUAGUUUAGGGUGUUUUAAGACACUUUGCAAUAUAUUUUGUUAUUGAAAAAUUUCAUAUAUAUUUAUAUAUAUUAUUCGUAUAUUACAAACAACGCCGUGUUCAGUGCCUCCUGAUAGCUGUUAUCAGUAGUCAUAAUUUUAGUUCAUUCAAUAACGUUGUAAUAUUUAUCAAUUAUUAAAUGAGAUUGAGCAUGACAUGAAGAAUUGUCAAGGCUGUAAAGAUUAACCCAUUAACAAGCAGUAGCAUUUUACUCUGUCUAACACCACACAAUUUUACUCGUCAAAGGGAGAUGACUGAACUGUAAUAAGUAUUAAUAAGUUAAAAAGUUAAAAGAACUGUAAUAAGUUAUUGUAAUAAGUUAUUAGUUAUUGUAAUAGGUUAUAGUAUUUGUUCGCAAGUGAAAUGAAAGGAUUUUGGAUGGGUUUUUUUAAUCUUUUAAACAAUAACCUAUAAUAAAUUAUAUUUGCUUCUUUUUAUGUAAAGCUCCAAAGAAGAAAUUGGCGAAACCUAAACAAAGAGUGCCAGCAGUUGCAGAAAAUUAUGAGGGAAAAGUCGUUGAAUUAAAAAGUAAGUUUAGCUCUUUAACCACUAUUGUUUAUACGAUAGAAAACUAG